AUGUCCGAUAACGAAGAUAAAAAUAGCUCUAAAGAUCCUAAAGUUAAUAAGCCUCCGAAAGAUGAUGGUGCCGAGCGCAUUGCCACUGGUGUCGACACAUUCCGUGUUGGAGUUAAGAUACCGGCGUUUUGGCCACAAGAACCUGAGGUUUGGUUUAAGCAGGUGGAAGGCCAAUUUAUAUUGUCGAACAUCACUUCCGACACGACAAAAUUUUACUACGUUCUGUCGCAACUAGAACAGCAGUAUGCAGCCGAAGUAAAAGAUAUAAUUAUAUCUCCGCCUGCAACAAACAAAUAUGAAAAGUUGAAAAGCGAGCUUAUUAAACGCCUGUCAGCAUCACGGGAGAAGAAACUGAAGACACUCUUGCUCCAUGAGGAAUUAGGCGACAGAAAGCCUUCGCAAUUUUUAAGACACCUGCAACAUGUCGCCGGCCCGGACGUUCCCGAGGACUUUUUGAAGACCAUUUGGACUAGCCGUUUGCCGCAUAACAUUCAAGGAGCCGUAGCAACCCAGCCGCUGUCUACCCUCGAUUCUUUGGCGGAUCUAGCAGAUCGUGUAUGGGACAUCGCACCAGGUACUCCACAGGUUGCAAGCGCCUCCGGCCAGCCCGGCAGUUCAGCCAUGGACCUAAUGGCUAGUCAAAUUGCCGCACUUACGAAGCAGAUGCAGGAGCUCUCCAGCGAAAUGCGUUCACGAUCUCGUCCCAGAUACAGAAAUGGAGGUAAGCCACAGCACCGUGAACGCAGCAACAGUCAGCGACGCGGAAAUAGUCAGCAGCGUUCGCAAUCAAGCUACCGCAAGUUUCCAGUGUGCUGGUACCACUUCAAGUUCCAAGAACAGGCAACGAGAUGCGUCAAGCCGUGUAACUUCUCAUCGGGAAACGAGCAGGGCAAUCGAUAA